UGAAUUGCUGAACCUCUGAACAUGGAGAUCCUCACAGUAUAUCUUGGUGCAAAGAACGCGAAUACAGUUUAAAUUCAGCAUUGUUUACUGGACUUUCGCAACCCUUUUUCUAAGCUUUGAAUUUGACCAACAUGGCUAACAUGACUAAUGCAACUUUCCACACGGCCGAAGUUGACCAAGACCCAAAGGAAUCGAUCUUCGAGUUGAAGGACGGAGAUGGCCUUCCAUUUCCAUGGAAACAAUUUAAGGGUUUGGUUGGGCUUCCUGGGAUACCAAAUAUGGUACAGCGAAUGCAGAACCUAACACAUUUCGUCGCUCGAGAGGAUGACAUCUGGAUUUGCGGCUACCGAAAAUGCGGUAAUCACUGGGUAUGGGAGAUUGCUUCGAUGAUCAUCAAAGGAAAAGCAGAAACAAUUGCAGAGCCAAAAGAAGAUUAUUUCAUAGAACACGAAGAUUUGCCUUUCUUCGACUCCAAACCUUCCCCGCGCGUUAUGAACACACAUCUCACGUCAGACUGGAUCCCCAAAGACGUGUUUAUUAAGAAAAACAAAAUCAUCCUCGUUAUUCGUAAUCCUAAGGAUGCUUACGUUUCUCUGUAUUAUCACAUGUUGGGCCUUAAGAAAAAGAACUAUGAAGGAACAUGGAAUGGAUUUUUCGAACUUAUACCACAACUGAUAAAGUACGACCAGUGCUAUGAUAGUUGGCUUGCUUACUAUAAAGUAUUUUGGGAAUAUGCCAAGCAGCACACGGAUACAGUUCUUGUCGUAAAAUAUGAGGACAUGCUGAAGGAUCCAGUGAACCACGUUCGUAAAAUUGCCAAUUUCCUCAGGAAACCUAUUGACCAGGUUCUCUGUGAGGCAAUUGCAGAGCAAUGUAGUUUUGAAAACAUGAAAAGGAACAAACAGACCCAUCGGGAGGCGGGCCCAGAAGGGGAGAGGAACACCAAGCCUGAACUCAAGAAAUGGCGCGACACGGCUUUCGGAAUGUAUAGGAAAGAGUACAACAUGGCCGACAUGCUUGUUCUCACCGGGUUAAAUGACCUAGAAAAAGACACGAAGGACUCUAUAUUCGAGAUGAUCGACGGACAUGGCCUGCCAUUUUUAUGGAAGCAGUUCGAGGGUUUGGUUGGGCUCCCCGCAAUUCCAAAUAUGGUACAGCGAAUGCGAAAUCUACCCAAUUUUGUUGCCCGAGAGGAAGACAUUUGGGUUUUCAGCUUUCCGAAAUGCGGCACUCACUGGAUAUGGGAGGUUGCGUCUAUGGUCAUCAACGGUAAGGCGGAAACAAUCCCAGUGCCAAAAGAAGAUUAUUUCGUAGAACAUGAGGACCUGGCUUCAUUGGACUCCAAACCUUUCCCACGUGUGCUAAAUACCCACCUCCCGUUAGAAUGGAUCCCGAAAGACGUGUUUACUAAGAAAAACAAAAUCAUCCUCGUUAUCCGUAAUCCUAAAGAUGCUUAUGUCUCUCUGUACUAUCACAUGUCGGGCAUGAAGAGGAAGAACUAUGAAGGAACGUGGAAUGGAUUUUUCGAACUUAUACCGCAACUGAUGGAGUACGAAAAGUGCUAUGAUAAUUGGAUGUAUUACUAUAAAGCAUUCUGGGAAUAUGCCAAGCAGCACACGGAUACAGUUCUUGCUUUAAAAUAUGAAGAAAUGCUAAAGGAUCCAGUGGGUCACGUGCGCAAAAUUGCCGAAUUCCUCGGGAAACCCAUCGACCAGAAACUCUGUGAAGCAAUCGCAGAAAAAUGCAGUUUUGAUCACAUGAAAAAAGCCAAGCAAACAAGCAGAGUGGCGGGACCUGAAGGUGAAAAACACGCUAAGCCGGAGGAAAAAGUGUGGCGCGACGCAGCUCAUGGGAUGUAUAGAAAAGGAAAAGUUGGUGACUGGAAGAACCAUUUCACUGUGGCUCAAAACGAACGCUUUGAUGCUCUGUACCAAGAACAGAUGAAAGGAAGUGAUCUGACCGUGGCUUUUGAAAUUGAUUAAUGACUAAAAAAUUUAGGGAAUCUUAAAUUACAUACUAACACCACACAGACAACAAAUUUCAGGUGCAGGGUAAGGCUGGGGGGAAACCAUUCUGAGAAAAAAUUAAUACAAAUUGCUGGGAGGGGGGAUAAAGGAGCACAUUGGAGAUAAUUUGACUGGACUAUCGACCAACGAACACAUAUUUUGAAUACUUAUUAGGAAUUGUGUACAGAAGAACAUAAUUUAAAAAAAUGUACUUUUAUAACAAUAUCAGCAAGUCAAGCUGUUCAAGAAUAGAACGGGGAUAUAACCAUGUGGAAAUAUAACCAUGUGGAUUCAAAAUAAAUUGUAUUGAAAUAAGAAUAUCCAGUACAUCGAAGGGCAUUUUUGAAAUAAGAAUAAAAAAUUCUAGAUAUUAUACGUGUCUAUAUCAUAUACGAAUGCAUGAAACAAAUAAUGGAAAACGGUACUUAUAAAGGAAGAAGGGGUAUCAACAGAUUUAUUGUUUUAGCCGUCUCUGCGAAUGUUACAUGGUGGGAGAGAUGAUACCCAUCAGAGUUGUUACACGUGUCUCACCUAUCGCAUUCUUUUUGACACUACCGUAAAUGACCAUUGUUUGCUAACUUAAAGGGAUAAUAACUGCUCGUUUUGGCCAAAAAAAAUGAA